GCUAAUUAGUUCUUAAUUGCAAUUAUCUAAUACAAUUCUAGUCGAAUUGUUUAAAGAGUAUAAAGUGAAACUAUGCACAGUAUGUGUAAUAUAUUGCAUUCGUUCGAGAUCUCGCAUAUUUGCGACUUUGCAAGCAAAACAAUUCUCGGCGAAGAUUUGCAAACGUAUGUUUUCAUUCUUUUUCUCUUUAUAAUGAAAAUUGUUUUAUUUCUUGAAUAAUAGUUUACACGAGAUUGCGAUAAUCGCGAAAAAAUUACAAUUUUCUGUCAACGUAUUCUUUUUUUCUACAAGAUAUCGAUUUUUUCGAGUUAUCGAUUCUUGCUAGCUAUAAAUCCUCGCGAGCUAUCGAUUUUCGCGAGUUAUCGAGAAAGUAAUUUGCUCGAAAAUCGAAGGACGUGUGUAACGAUGUUCAUACACAAAAGAUCGAGUGUCAUAGCAUCCGUGAGAUGAGACGUGCGAUGCUUUAUCUUCGUAUCCGAGAUAAGAAUGCGUCGAAAGAUACAUUCUUUCCUUAUCUUUCACUCCUGUGUUUCGAUAAAUUGGCUGACACUCAUUUCAUGAGUUAAAAGGAAUACACAAAGAGCAGAGCAAAAUUACUCGAGAUCGAAAAUCGCUGUCAAAAGGUCUCUCGGAGCACAGUACGCCUCGCGAUACCCCCUUUAUUCCGACAAGAAUUUAGUAAUGCUAGUAAUCCACUUUACCAACGAAACCAGAGACAAAUUGCUGAAAAUUGUCGAACGACGUAAGUCAUAAAUGAGAGCAACGGAUCAACCGGUAGUCAUGUCGCCAAUCUCGCAGGAUGCCUGUUUACGCGUGAACCAAAACAUCAAUGACCUUGAAAGCCAGUGUGUCACGUGACCGCGAAGAAAGGCGCGGCGAUUGGCCCGCCGGAGGGACGUAUAGUGCAUAUUGCGUCGUGCGCGCCGCACAGCCCGCAUUCCUCGUCCAAUAGGAGUUGCACGUGCUGGACCGACGGCGAGGAACAGGAAAGGGGAGGGGGGGAGAGAGAAGCGAGGCGCCGAGGUGGACAAGAGCGAGCACGAACAGCGGCGACGACGACGACGACGACGGCGACGACGACGACGGUGAAGGUAAACGGCGACGGUGGCGGCGGCAACAGCGGUGGUGGUAACGACGGUGACAGCAGCGGCGACGACGAUCAAGACGGUGCGCCGUGUUGCUCGGUGGUGUACGCCGUGCGUAUUAGUGCGUGUAUUGGUGCGCGAGCGCGGUUGGUCGGCAGCGGCUCGCGUUGUUGUAUCCAAGAUGAAGUCCGACUCGAAACCUUUGUUGACAGCUCAGGCGGAAAAGGCGAAUCAUUACACCGCCGACAAUUAUUGCACCAAGUACGACGAGACCACCGGCAUUUGUCCAGACGGAGACGAGUAA